GAGCCACUCUAACUCUGCCAUGUUGGAUGGAGCUGGCAGGCUUCUAAAACGGCAGGACUUACAAGGAAAGUUUUCACCUCGUCCCGUCUUCGCUCCGCUGUCUCAUUUUCGACCUCAUUGCAGGGAUCAAGGAGACGUCAAAGCUACACUCCUACACCGUGCAAGCCUUCUUUAAUCUCCGUGCAUCUUUAAUCUCGGCGGAGGAGCGGAAUACUUCAGCGCCCGGUGGAGGAGUCGGAGACAGGCCACGGAUGACCGGGGGAUUGUUUAUGUCUCUUUGCUGGGCUCCUACAAGCAGUCAGUGGGCGCAGACUUCAUAAACUGAGCCUGAAUAAUGAGUGGAAUACCGCCGCAGCGGCGGCAAUCCAACGUCGGCUCCACAGUCCUGUCCCCGCAGGAAAAUGAAAUCCUUUUUAACCAAGUUGGCCCCAAACGCCUCGCAUUGGCUUCAGGAGUGGUCCAGGUGUUCCACGCAGACCGUAACGGCAGCUGGAACAAAAAAAGCUGCGGGGCGGCCUGUUUGGUCAAAGACAACCCCAAACGCUCCUAUUUCAUCAGGGUCUACGACAUCAGGGAGUUUAGGAUGACAUUUGAACAGGAACUGUACAAUGGAUUCACUGCUAACCAACAGAGACCUUACUUCAUCACAUUUGCUGGAGACACGUGCCAAGUGGGUCUGAACUUCACCAGCGAAGAGGAGUGCAGGCGUUUCUAUAACACCGUAAUGGACCUGACAAUGAGGAAAAGCAGGAGAACCGAGAAGAGGCGGGAACCUCCAAAUGGACCGGCGUUGCCCAUGGCUACCACGGACAUCAAAAACCCCGAAAUCAACAAUGUUCAUCGCUUUCACAACAACUCUCAGGUGAACAACCUCAUGCACGCCUCCUUCCCCAGGAGGAUCAAAAAGGACAAAGACAAGGGGAAGAGGAAGAGGCUGACCAAGGCAGACAUCGGCACACCCAGCAACUUCCAGCAUGUCAAUCACGUAGGAUGGAAUCCAAACACCGGCUUUGAUAUGAAUAACCUGGACCCAGAGCUGAAGAACCUGUUUGAUUUGGCCGGCAUCUCCGAGGCCCAGCUAAAGGACAAAGAGACCUCGAAGGCCAUCUACGACUUCAUUGAGAAAAAUGGAGGCGUGGAAGCGGUCAAAAACGAGGUACGGAGACAAGGUCCGCCCAGGUGGAGCGCUCCUCCACCACCUCCGCCCAGGAGUGGCCCUCCUCCCCCUCCACCCCAACAUCACAGCUCUGGCGCUCCUCCUCCACCUCCUCCUCCAUCCCGGGUUAUACGGGGCGCCCCGCCGCCCCCUCCCCACUCCAGGCCUCCCGUCGUGGCACCCCCACCUCCGCCUCCAUCCCGUCCGGGUUUGUCCGCUCCACCGCCUCCGCCACCCAGCCGAGGCGCCCUCCCACCGCCCCCCGCCCCGGCUCAUGCCUCCAUGCCAGUGGCUCCGCCGCCGCCACCUCCUCCGCUUUCUUCGGGGUCAUCCAGCAACGGCGCUCCUCCGCCACCACCUCCACCUCCCCCACCCCCUGGACCUCCUCCCCCACCCUCUAUAGAGGCUAACGGAGGGGAUGGCAAGUCUGCGCUGCUGAGUCAGAUCAGAGACGGAGCCCAGCUGAAGAAGGUGGAACAGAAGGAGCGACCGGUUUCCUCCGGCGGCAGAGAUGCACUUCUGGACCAGAUCCGACAAGGAAUCCAACUGAAAUCUAGGGAUGAUAACUCUGAGCCCGCGCCAGCUGACGCAGCCCCUACAGCGGGCAUCGUAGGAGCGCUGAUGGCGGCCAUGCAGAAACGAAGCAAAGCUAUUCACUCCUCGGAUGACGAUGAUGAUGACGACGACGAUGAGGACUUUGAGGAAGAUGAUGAAUGGGAUGACGAGUGAAUCUUUUCUUUUUUUCCCCCCUCCAUGACACUAAAAUUGAUCCCAGUUUCUUUAAAUAAAAUAAAAUCAAUGACUUCAUGAUUAUAAUUAUAAAUGUUCUAUUAGUUUGUUGUACAUUUCUUGUUGCCUUUAUGCUUUUUUUUUUUUUUUAUUAAUCUGUGCAAUACCUCGUUUAAUCUAUCAAUGUUUGUCGGUCUAAUCUUAGAGGUUGUCCUUUAUCGUUGAUAGGGUUAUUUUUCCUUAUUUCCUUUGUUCCUAUUUUUGUUCCUCUGUUUGCCUUUUUUCAAAUCUUCCUUCACACAUGAUCCUUAUUUCUCUCCUUAAUGUGCAAUUUUAAAUGUCUCUUAAGCGUUUGAGCUAAAUGUUUGCUUUAUUUCUUCUUUCUGGAUUGAUGAUGGUUUACGUGAAAGCGAGACAAGUUGCCACAGAUUUAGAUAUUUGUAACAUUAAUAGAAAGUGAGAAAAGAAAGUUAUUUUCAUAUCCUGUUGCUCUGUAGUUUAUUUUUUACAUAUUCAAAUAAUAAAUAAUUCUAGUUUAUUGGUCAUAUUUUCUUAAGAAAAAACUAUG